UGUUUCCGCUUAGUCCAGUCAAAGUUCCUACUCUUCCAUUCCACCCGACCCGACGACAACAGCAGCCAAGAUACUGCUGCUGCUGCUGCCUCUCUCGUCGUCUCCGAUUCCGAUCCUCGGUCGGCCGCCGGCUCUCUCUAUAACUAUAAGAACCCCUCCUCACCCUCCCCGUUGUACGCUCUGUCACACACGCAUCAUCACCUACACCUCGACGACACACACACGCAGCCGCCAAGACAACUCGUAUGAACAGCCAGCACUCAGGUGAGUGAGCGAGCGAGUCAGCUGCCAGCCGCAGGGAGCCGAGUGAGCUAGCUGCGAGCGACUGCGAUGGAGGGGGGAGUGCCAGAAGAGAAGUGCGCCCUGGUGGCGGAGCUGGUGCAGGUGCUGGAGAUGGCGAGGCAGCUCGAGACGCACAUGGCGGUGGUGGUCCAGCAGCAGCAGCAGGGCGGAGGCGGUGCCGGAGGAGGGGCGGACCAGCGGUACCGGGCGCUGGUGAGCACCAUGCGCGCCUCCAUCGACAGGGCCGUGCACAUGGCCGUGUCCUGCUGCGCCGAGGGGCGUCCGGGCACCGGGCAGCUGCCGGAGUCGCCGCCGUCAGGUGGGGAUGGCAGCAGCCCGCGCAGCGGCGGGUCGGACCACGCCGGCGAGCUCCGGGGCCGUGGCAAUGCGGCCGCCGGCCAGUGCAAGAAGAGGAAGACGCUGCCCAAGUGGAGCACCCAGGUGAGGGUGAGCGCCGUGCAGGACGUGAGCCCCCUGGACGACGGCCUCAGCUGGAGGAAGUACGGGCAGAAGGACAUCCUCGGCGCCAAGUACCCAAGAUCCUACUUCCGGUGCACGCACAGGCACACGCAGAGCUGCCAGGCGAGCAAGCAGGUGCAGCGCACGGACGGCGACCCGCUGCUCUUCGACGUCGUGUACCACGGCGCCCACACGUGCGCCCAGGGCGCCGCCGCGCACCCCAGCAACCAGCAGCCGGCGGUCCAGGAGCAGACGACCUCCCCGUCCCCGGGGUUCGAAGCAGGGACCGCCGUGCUGCCGUUCUCGCUCCGGCCGGCCUCUAACAAGCCGACGACGGGCGCCGACGCCGCCGCGACGAGCAGCCGUUUCGUCACGACCGGCUGUGUCAGUGUCACCGCGUCUCCUUUCCUGUCGCCGGCGACGCCAGAGAGCCAGCUGGUUAGCAGCAGCAGCAGCGGCUACGCGGUGGGCGGUGGCGGCGGCGUGGCCAUGGCCGGCGUCCGGAACGUGCCUGACGUGGAGCUCGCCUCUACGACCAACUCCCCUAUGGCCAUGGGGGAGAUGGAUUUCAUGUUCCCGCUGGACGCCGCCGAUUUCUUGGAGCUGGGGAACCCGGCCAGCUAUUUCUAGACGACACAAACGUACGUGCCUUCAAAGUUUGCGAAGAAAUACCGAUAGGUAAAUACGACGAGCAAGCUUUGCUUCCUCUCCCACUGUCAUGCCUCACUGAUGAUGUAUAAUCUCCCCUGGCAAGUUGUAAGUCUGCAAGGGUAGAUAGGGCGGCUAUAUGGCACGUCACACGUCCAGCCUAGCUACGAAGCCUUUCUCCAACAAUAUAUGUAUAGUAUAGUUGCCUGCUCUCUUGCGUAUGGUUCGACUUUACAUCUUCUUGUUAGCUACAUGCACCGGCCUAAUAGAGAUUCAUUAUGAGUAUUUCCACAAUACACAUGGUGUCCCCUUAUAAACGUAGUCAAAUUUAAAAUAGUUUAAUUUAGAAUAAAGCUAUAGUGCUACAGAUAUGACUUUCACGGCCGGAUGCAUCACUGAUGGAUUUUAAGAAAUCGGCAGUAGUGAUAGCACAUCAUUGCUAAUUUUUUGCUAAAACCAGUGAUAGGACCAACCGAGACACUGAUAUUGGGGUCUUUACUGUCGGUUCAUAUCACUAUUGAAUUUAGCCAAGAACUAGCAAUUAUAUUAGGUCAUCACUGUCGGGUUGAGCCAAUAACUAACAUUCCGACACUGAUAUUAUCACUCUCGGUUUGUGGCUUGAACCGACAUUAAUAUAUUGCAAAAAAAACUUCAUAACUUUCUCA